GAGCACCACAAUCAAUCUAUUCGCCACAAGAGCCCGCUGCACAGUAGGAGCACCGGUGUCAUCUCAUACAUAUCAACCCUUGACCCAGUCCAUCCACCGCAUCCACGUUAUCCAGAUUGUCUCAAACCAAACAUCCCAGUCAGAGAAAGUCCCCCCACACCUGUUUUUUUUUUCUUCUACGUUCAAAGGAUAAUUUCGUGCCCGCCCGGUCGUAGGGCACAACGGCAUUUUCCCAGCGUGCACCGCAGAGCCCCAAAUCUUGGCAUUCUAAGCUUAAUUUAACCGCACCCCUUACGGGUACCUUAACUUUCAUCCACAAUUCGCUUUAAAUUUUUUUCAGGGUGAGACUUUUACAGUUCUUCCGGGAAUUGUUGAGAUGAUGUUUACGCAGGCACAUGUAUUGCAGCCAUUGGUGCAGGCGGGUUUAUUAAUCCUCAGAAUACUUGCUAUUUGUCGCACGUGGGGAGGCGAAGGGAGAUGAGGGGUGGUGUUUCUGCGUCUUCUCUUCGUCUACUUUUGGCAGGUGGUAUCUCAAUGGCCAGAUAAGCCAUCCACGCUGAUGAGCCGGAAAGACGCAGAGUUCUCACCAUGGGGCUAUUUCGUUUUUAAAGGAGAGAAGAGAGAGAGAGGUCCCGGAGAGGUGAUUUUGUUCCUGGACGAAACGAAUACCAGUAGGUUAAAUACCGGUACAGUAGGAAGAAAGGAACGAAAGAUACCGGUAAAUGAUCGGAGGCCACCUCCGGGUUGUCGGCGGAAAUCGCCGAUUCCCCAUUGACCUCAAACCCUAUUACAGGUCGACUAUUAUGGUUAGUGCGAGGGGGUGGGGCACUCGAAAGCACAUUGUUUUUUCUCCCCUAGACCCUGACUACAAGAGUCAUAAGCGUUGCUCUUUUUUUGUUUUUUUUGUUGCGGUCAAGCCUUACCCUGUGUUUGCUACACUCUCCCCCCCCCACCCAAUUCGCAACGACACCACAACCACAACUACUGAUACCGACAAGUUCAAACCUCCUUUUCUUUUACCGUUACGUGUGAAGGCAUUCUCUAGUUCGAAAUGGUUGAAAGAAAGUAUCUCACUUAUAAUCAAGUAUGUUCGCUUUCUUUGUCCGCCCUCGGAGGGAGCUUCCAGGCGAGCCCGUGGGUUUGAUUGGCACCGUUAUUGACGAUGAGAACGGCUACCCUAGGUCCACAAGCUCUGCCAGAGCGCAGCACCCAAGAUUUUGGAUGAGUUUAAGCCAAAUCUCAUGAUUGCGUUUGCCUCCCGCUUUUUUUUUUUUCCACGGAAAAAUAAAAAAGAGAAAAACCCCGAACUGACUGGCCCAGAAUUGGUGGCGGUGGAUACGUACCAGCCAGAAUUCUCCGGUUUGUCUUCCUCCUCUUCUCGGCCUUCUCCCAGGGUACCAUUGGUCCAACUUACCGUAUUUGCUAACAUUGGCCCACCAGCUCCUUCCUCAAAACCCCCGGAAGCCCCAACAUUCCCAUCCAAGCAAUUGGUCUCUCCCUCUACGAGCAACUCUCAGAGGAAGGACCGGAAGAGGAGAUCGGCACAAAAGUUACCCGCACCCAAUGGCUCGACUUCACGUCUCUCUCCAACACCAACCUCAUUGGCAAAAAUAUUCUCAUCGUCGACGAGGUCGAUGACACAAGGACUACUCUGCAGUACGCGGUGCAGGAGUUGAGCAAGGACGUGCAGUUACAGGCAGAGAAGUUGGAUGGGAAUCCACCCAAAACAAAUUUCUUUAUCUUUGUGUUGCAUGUAUGUUCACCUCCCUUCAAUUUGCGACGUGGUGGGUUGGCUAAUUAUGGGUGUGGUGUGGUGUAGAAUAAGGAUAAGUCCAAGAGAGGAAAGUUGCCGGAGGAGAUGAUCAAGGAGGGGCGGUAUCUUGCGGCCGAGACAGUCGGCGAUGUUUGGUGUUGUUAUCCUUGGGAGGCUAUGUACGUUUUCCGCUCCCACUUUUGUGCAUGCAUGCAUAAUUAUAUUUAUGCUAAUACUUUUCUAGAGACAUCGAUGAGCAUGACCAACUCGCGGCCGCUGGAGAGGCCGCCGCUCAGAAGAACAGCACAAAUGGAACAAAUCAUUAGAAAUCUUUACUGGUUCUGUUUUUCUUCUCUCUCCUGUGCUUUUCUUCUCCCAUCGUCUCCGUGUUUUCGUAUUGCUUUCACAACUUAUAGGCACGGCCUACGAUAAACCGGCCAGGGUCUUGCCAACGUGGCUGAUGCUAACCACUGUCCAAUGGCUACUGGUUAUCUCUUACUCUGCUGCAAUGUUCUUUUAUGAUUCGAAUCCAAUGGACGGUAUCCUAUACUAAAGCUAUAUUCCAGUUUACGUUUUUUCUUUUCUUUUUCCUCAUCCCCUUUAGCAUCUAUGUGUCCCUGCGUGAGGAUCUAGAUGACGUCAAAGCCAGCCAGUAAGCCGGUAUCGUUCGUUCUUUUCCUCGAGUGAUGCCAAAUGACUGGUUAAUUACUUUAUAUAUUGCGAGUGAUGCAUCAUGAGCGCUAUAUUAAAUUUGGGAUGAAACAAGGGGAGUGGUGGUACUGAAACAGCCGAAUGCAACCGCUACCGCCUAAAUGGCGGACAAAACAAGCCAGAUGAAAGGAAAGGUGAGAGGGGUGAACAAAAGGGGGCAGGAGUGACCCGCUGAAUACAGACCGACCCAACCCGCCGAUAAAGAUGGAUGGGAAAAGAAGAGAGGGGAAAAAAAUUAAAGAAAUGAAAAGCGGUGAGAAAGAGAGAAGAAAAAAAAAGACCAUUUCAUGGUAUCAUAAGGGUUCGACAAUGACAAGGGAAAAGGGUCUCUAACAGCACUUUCCACCUUCGCUCUUCUCCUCGGCCCUCGCUGGGUUGGGGCCCAUGCCCAUAUUCCCGCUACGUGUGUAUGGGUCUUGACUUCCGAAGGCGCGCUCCCGCUCGAUGUCCGCCCGCCGCUCAACGAGUUUUCGGGCGAUCACUUGGAAGACUUCGUCUACUCCUGUUCCCCAAUAAAAUUAGUCCCUCUCCUCUGGCAGAAGUCAGGUUAGGAGUCAAACCCUGAUCGUCCCUAGCGCUAAUCUCGUGACAGCAGUCCAUCCCACCCCAGCCCCUUCCCCUUCCGCCACCCCCCACGGCAAACCCUUCCUCCUCACUAAGAUGCUCAGCAGCGUACGCCACACACAUCUCGAACGGCACCUCCCGCCGACUUGGCUCAGCAUUCACUAGGUCCGCCUUGGUGCCGACAAUGUGUAUGAUGAUGUUCCCGUUCACGUUCUUUUUCAACUCCAGCAGCCAGGAGUGCAUUGCCUCGAAGGAUGCACGGGAUGUUAUGUCGUAGCAGAGUAUGCCGCAGUUUGCGCUGCGGUAGUAGAGCUUGGAAAUUGAGCGAUAGCGUUCUUGGCCGGCGGUGUCCCAUAUCUAUGGUGGUUAGUUGUGGAGGGGAGAGGAGGCCGGGGGGAGGAAAGACUUGUAGGCGGACGAGAGAGUCGUCUAUUAUGACUUUUUUGGCCAGGAAUGAAGCGCCGAUUGUUGAGGCCGAGGCUGGGUCGAAGGUAUUGUUUACAUAGCUGUCGGAUGGUGAGUUGGCGAGGGGUAGAAGAUGGGGGAGAGGGGGGAAUGGGUUGGGAUGGACGUACCGGACUACGAGUGAUGUCUUGCCAACGCCUGAUUUUUUUUUUGAUAGUGGUUAGCUUUGACUUUUGACACUCCCCCGUGUAUCUCGUCACACCAUCACGACGCACGGCGUCACAUUGUAUUGAGCAUCGUCACUCUUAUUCCACGCUACGGCGCGAUAGGGCAUAUGGUAUCAUACCUUGAGUGCCAAGCACAACUAACUUUGCCUCGAGGCUCAUGCAGGAGGUUUUUAACUUGCUAGUGGGGAGAGGCCCUUCUCUUCUACCGGUGUAGCUCUCCUUCGUUCCAAGGACCGCCGUUCUCUUAACCCGACCGAGAGUACCGGUUUAGCAAAACUUUGAGUUGGGAGGGGGAGACGGAACUGUUGUAUUUAAUGGAGGAACUGAAGCUGGGGCACCGCACCGUGGUCGAGUCAACUCACCGUGACGC